AUGGCUGAAACAUUUGCCAAACAACCCGAAUCUGGACGAAUGCCUGCUUUAUUCAUAUUUAUUAUGGAUGUUACUAAUACAUUAUGUAUUGAUUUAGCAGGCAUCUCCGAGUAUCCGAAUGAAGAAGAAGUACUAAUUCUACCUCUCUCUAUAUUUAUGGUGACGAAAAUUGAUCAAACUAAACCUAACGGUUAUAUUGAAAUUGAACUGAAAGCAUUUACGUCAGAAGAACUAUUAGAAUCAACAAUAUCUCAGAUGUUCAGCAUGGCUACUCCUAUUAAUUUAAUCGAAUCAACUGCAAACUACCUUGAUCAUUUAAGCGUGACCAUACUUAGAAAACGCACACCUCAUCAGAAUCUCUUCGACAAUAGUCUUAAUCAAAGUGAUGAUAAUGAUGGGAAUAGCGAUGAAACCGAACAUAUCAACCAAAAUAAUAAUAAUGGUGAGAAACAAAAUGGCAUUGAACAAUGCUGUAGACAAUUAAUAUGA